CAGAGGCGGUGCAGCGGAGGCGGAGCGGGCUCUGCGGCAGGAGGGAAGAUGGCGGACGAGGAGAAGCUGCCGCCCGGCUGGGAGAAGCGCAUGAGCCGCAGCUCAGGCCGGGUGUACUACUUCAAUCACAUCACUAACGCCAGCCAGUGGGAGCGGCCGAGUGGCAAUAGCACUGGCGGUGGCAAAAAUGGACAAGGGGAGCCCGCCAGGGUCCGCUGCUCACACCUGCUGGUCAAGCACAGCCAGUCACGGCGGCCCUCGUCCUGGAGGCAGGAGAAGAUCACCCGGACCAAGGAGGAGGCUCUGGAGCUGAUCAAUGGCUACAUCCAGAAGAUUAAGUCGGGAGAAGAGGACUUUGAAUCUCUGGCCUCACAGUUCAGCGACUGCAGCUCCGCCAAGGCCAGGGGAGACCUGGGUGCCUUCAGCAGAGGUCAGAUGCAGAAGCCAUUUGAAGACGCCUCCUUUGCACUGCGGACAGGGGAGAUGAGCGGGCCCGUGUUCACGGAUUCUGGCAUCCACAUCAUCCUGCGCACGGAGUGAGGGGUGUGGACGGCCCAGGCCUGCCACACACACACACACCCGCCCCCCCCGGGGUGGGUGCGGGACAGGGUGGCUGGGUGCGCAGACUCCGCUCCCUGCUGCCGCUGAC